CACAGGGUGACAGAAAAUUUCAGAGGUACCACACAAAAACCUAAAGCCAAUGACCAGAAAAUAAAAAUAAAAAUAAAAAUAAUCAAAUCUAAGGUAUUUUGUUGUUGUGGGGCUUAGAGAUGUUGAAGGUUUUUGGCAAUUUAACGAGCAAAAUUCCUCGGUAACCUGGACCAAUCUCCUUUUGCCAGGGGAUCGCUAUGGUCUCGGUUUCGUCGGCCAGAAUGGAGAGAAAGACCCUGGUUCAAGCGGUUGUGUCCGACGAACUACGUGGGGUGACACAGGGGGAUUCUGGGUCAGAGAGUUUGGCGGACAGGCUGCGGUUGGGUAGCCUAACGGAAGAUGGGUUGUCGUAUAAGGAGAAGUGUAUUGUGAGGAGUUAUGAGGUUGGGAUUAACAAAACUGUCACCAUGCAGACUGAUAUAUGGUAAAUAAAUAAGGCAUGUGGGACCUAGAUGAUGAUAUGGCUGCCAAGUGGGAUUAAUUAUAUGUUGUCGUUUUAUGUUAUGUCUGAGGUCGUUUUGGAUAGAGUUAGGUUAUUUAGCAGUUUUGUGUUUCAUUUUUGAAGUAGUUCACAAAUUUGUUCUU